GAUCAGUCGCAGACUGGGAAGGAAGCAGCUUUUCCUGGAUUCGAACAGAACUUUGGGAGGUCCAGGAAAAUGAAGCUGCUGAAAGAAACUGACGAUGCAGCAAGGAAGAGAAAGCUGAUGAAAUCUCAGGUGGAGAAACGUCGAAGGGAGAGAAUGAAUUGCAGUCUGGAGCGUCUGAGGACCAUGCUGCUGCAGGAGCCUCAACCAGGAGGGACGCAGCAGAAGGUGGAGAAAGCUGAGAUUCUGGAGCACACUGUUCUCUUCCUGCAAAGAAAUGCCAAAGAACGCAGGGAAAAGAUGGGAGGCCAGAAAUACUCCUUCCAGGACGGGUUCUCCAGCUGCCUGCAGAGGGCGUCGCAGUUCCUGGGGCCUGAAGGGAAAGGCCUCUGGCUCGGACCGGUCCUGGACGCCACCUUCUCUGCCCGCUUCCCACGCUCACACAGCCACUCCGCAGACACCCUCAUCAGAACCUCCACCUCCAUGACCCACACCAAGUCCCUGCUCCACAUGCUGAGGCUGAGGUCCAGGUCCAGUCAGCAGACGCAGACCUCAGGGCCGAGCACCUCGGCUUGGCCGCGCAGAUUCUCAGCCCAGGAGAGCUUCCCUACAAUCCCCCAGCAGCCUCAGAAGCAAAGCGGGCUGGAGAUGGGAGCGGAGAGGCCGGGGAGCAAAGAGAGCUCGUCCCAGAGCGGUAUCCUCAGCCAGACUUUAUGGAGACCUUGGCCCUGAUCAUCAGAACCCUCAGAACUCUCAAUAACCAUCCACCUCCGUUAAAACUGCUUCUGUUUUCAUGUUUCUUUCAAAAGAAUAUCCUAACUCUCGUCUCUCUCUAAGCUCACACCUGAAAUCCUGUAAAUAAUGUAAAAGAAACCUCAUGUUUUGUAGUUGUGUUGUAGUAUUUUUAAUAAGGUUGACUCCCUCCAGUAGCUCAGCCAGUGUGGCGGCCAUGUUAUAUCUGCUGGCAGGCACGCUGGGAUUUUCGUGGACCAGGACCGGAUCUGGAUCCUCUGGGUCGGCCGGCUGGCACCGCUGCUGGGCUGAAGAGCGACUGGAGAGGUGUGGAACCUGGAGGUUUGAGUUUGGGAGAGAGCCCUCAGUUUUUCCAUCUAAGUGCCGUCAUAUCUGCCCGCACGAGCGACAUCUGUGGCUCUGAGUACAAAAUAACACACACCCCGUCCCAAAGAUAUUCACGUUCAUCUUGUCUGUUUUGCACAAUAAUUUAUUCUGCUGGUCUCCCUAUGGUGAGCAUUAUUCUGUUUUUUU